GAAGUCAACUCGAUUGCAUGGACAUUAUGGGGCAGCACGUUUUUAUGGAGCUUCUUUUCUCUGCGGCGUGUACCAAAGUAUUAGGAAGAAUGAUGGGCACGAGGCCGAGGUCCUCAACGGAGGAAGGUGAGUAGCGGUUGAGAAAGGGACAGACGCUUCGCUAUGCUGUGCUUACACGCAGUGCCGUAUCGUUUCUCUCCGGUACACCGGGUAUAAAUGGAAUAGCGUUCUCAGCUGACAAGAAAAGUCAACUAUAAUUCUUUUGCUAUUCGAUUUCGGCAACAAGUCCGGCGAAAAAUUCGAUGGCACCGGCGUUAACGCGGCCCAGUGGGAUCGGCCGCGUAAUCGCAACAACUUAACCAAGCAACAAUCGGCGUUGAAAUGGUUUCCGUGGUCGCGUGACGUGCCGCAAUUUUCGUGCGCUAGAAGAAAAAGAAGAAGAAGAAGAAGAAGAAGAAGGAGAAGAAGAAGAAGACGGGCGAGGGAAAUGGUCAAAGGAAGAGUUCCGAGCGGCGAGCUACGUCACUGUCCACGCUAUCACGAUUAACAGAGUGAACAGCACGAGACGUGAACGCGCGCGAGCGAGACGGAACGCGCGGCGAAGGAAAGGUAAAGGAAAGGAAAGGAAAGGAAAGGAAGGCGCGCAAGGUAAAGGCACAUCUGAAUCCUUCGGUUAACUCGGCUCAGUCUGAUCCGAGCCAAGCCACUGCCCUGAUCCGGCGUUGCUCGCUCGCUCUCGCUCUCUCUCUCUCUCUCUCGCUCUCUCUCUGUCUUUCUACGCGCGUUGGAUCCGUUGCUGCUGCUCUUCCUUCUGCUUCUGACACAACGACGACGGCGGCUGCAUACGCGCGUCGGUGCCGCGGCCUAAUCAACACCGGUGUCAUCGAUCACCGAUCCCAGACUUCCGUCCUACGCGUCGGUUCUCGCUGCGCGGUCAGUUCAAGUCGCGGCGAGCUUCCGUCGAGUUCGCCCGACAGACAGAAAAUCACCACCUGACAUGUCACAGUGCACGCACCAGCACCGUGCCGAUUGGUCCACGCGCGUCCAGUGAACAAUCAACUCGGUGGAACCACGCACGUAUUCUCCUCGUCUCGUCUCCGUUCCUUUCAGUUUCGGUUUCGGUUUCGCUCUUCGUUCGCGAGAUACUUUUGACGAACGUUCCUCGAACGGCUCGUGACUCGGUGCGCGCGUUCGAAACGUUUUGUGGAUCCGCCGGUGACUCGACGACGACACGCCGGAAGUGUGAUGACCCUUCCAUCGGGACGUGCUGCAUCGAUCAACGCGGCGACAGCGUGCCUUCGAUCUGGGAUCUGAGUUUCGCGGUCAAGGAUGACCGAAACCGAUGAGCGGAUGAACGAGUAAAGCCAGGAAGGAAUCACAAGGGAAACGAGGGCUGCCGAAGAGAUGGUAGUGGAGUGGCUCUGUCCAGGACUUAGGCCGGCUGGAAGCCGUAGGCCCCGUCUUCUUCACUGCAAAGUGAUACUUCUCGACGAGCACGAACUGCUGCAAGAUGUUUUGAGUUCGAACCUCGGCCAGGAACUAUUGGACAGAGUAUUCAGGCACCUGAAUUUAUUGGAGACCGCUUACUUCGGGCUACGUUACCUGGAUCACGGCAAUCAAACGCAAUGGCUCGACCCGAGCAAGAAGAUCGGCAAGCAGCUGAAGGUGCAAAAAGGAGAUCCGAGCUCGGACGUGCACACCCUCUACUUCGGUGUGAAAUUCUACGCGGCGGACCCCUGCAAACUCAUCGAAGAGAUCACAAGGUACCAGUUUUUCCUGCAAGUAAAGCAGGAUAUCCUCCAAGGGCGACUUCCUGUGUCGUUCGACCUGGCCGCGGAAUUAGGAGCUUACGUCGUUCAAUCGGAACUCGGGGAUUACGAUCCGAGACGACAUUCAGUGGGCUACGUUACUGAAUUUCGAUUCCUGGCGAAUCAAACUACGGAAUUGGAAAAUCGUAUAGUGGAACUCCAUAAAACUCUCGUAGGACAAUUGCCCUCCGCCGCAGAGCUAAAUUACUUGGACAAAGUGAAAUGGCUGGAAAUGUACGGGGUUGAUUUGCAUCCCGUGUUGGGCGAAGAUAGCGUGGAGUAUUUUCUGGGACUGACGCCAAGCGGGAUAAUUCUGUUACGCAACAAGACCAAAGUGGGAAAUUACUAUUGGCCUCGGAUCAAUAAGAUCUACUACAAGGGUAGAUAUUUCAUGCUGAGAGUCAGCGAGAAGAACUCCGAGGAGAGAACGCACGGUUUCGAGACGCCGUCGAAGGGUGCCUGUAGACAUCUAUGGAAGUGUUGUCUGGAGCACCAAGCGUUCUUCCGGUUAAUGGCCACCGGUCCGCCACCUUUGAGUCCUUACUCGCGUUUCCGCUCGUACAGCCCUCCGUCCGGCUCUGAGAAGCACACGGUAAUCAGACGGAAUCCACCGCCGAUUUUCCAGAGGAUACCCAGCCGCAGGGCGCAGCGACGCGUGGUCGAGGGUCAAGAAAUGGUCGGCCCGUUCGUGGAAACGCCGGUGACGGUCAACUCGAACUCGGUCAACAGCAGCUCGGUCGGCGGCAACGUUUUGUGCAAUACUCAAAACUCGAGACAGGCGAACAACUCAAGUCCAAGGAGCACCAGGAGCGCGCCGUGGACUCAGAGCCAACCUCGUGGCCUUUACACUUCGUCUAGUCCCCGGUCUGUCCGAUCGGCGGGUGCGGCACCGGCACUCUUGAGCAGACUCCAACGACGGAGUAGCUCCGUAGAGAGCCAAAGUUCAGGAGACAGCCACAGUCGCAGUGGUCAUCGUAGAAGGAGUCAUAGUCAUAGUCAUCGAAGACAUAGUCGUCACUCUGAUUGUGAAUCCGAGCUUUCGAGAGGUUCGGACACAAGGUCGGGUCAUCGUAAGCACCGUAGAAAGCACAGAAGCUCUCGGUCAUCCAGACACGAGUUGGUAGAUUCCGAGCCGCAAUGGAGAGAAGCACAGAAGCGGAAGGGCGAAGGAGUUCAACGGGCUGUCGUAAGCCAUACGGAACCGAGAAGAAGGCACAGAAGUAGACACCGGAGUCCAUCUCAGAAACAACCACUGCCAGACGAGCUUAGGAAACACUUGGAGUUUGGGCUAGUCGAUACUUCUGGAAUGAGCGAUCAGCAACGACGAGAGAUACCAUAUACGGUGGUUCAGUCGCAAUCAUCCGUACAACAAUGUACACUACAAUCUAGCAAUUCUCGAUUGGACGAUGCAGACUCGUCGUCCCUACCUAGAACGAUCGGAUCCGUUGGCAAAAGAAACAGAAGAAUGAUACAACAUAGUCGCGACGGAAGUUAUAAUUUGCCGCCGACCAGGCCGAGUCAAAUCGAGACAAAAUACUACGAUGGUAAUAGGAGCGAGUGCAAUAUGAGGAAGGACUUUUAUUAUACUCGUAACAACAGAAUAUUGAUAGGAAGUAACGUGGACAGUGGGCUCGGGGAAAGUACACCGCAAGAGUUUUCAAGUUGCUGCUCAAGCUCUGCCGACAGCGCUAAGCCUACUCGGGUACCGCAAAUGCAAUUAGGGGGAGAGGUACGCUAUGAACUGUCUUCAAAUCAAGAAAUCUACCCUCCUGUUGAUUCUACUCUGGAUGCUGUUCUUCAGCCCAUUAUAUCAACUUUAACCAGGAGGCAACGGAACUGCCCGAAAUGAGCAUGAAGCUUUAAAUAAAUACAAAAUAGACAUUUAUGCACAUAUUGUAUAUUUAAGAAAGUUUUUAUACCUCAUUCAAAUUAAAUAUCUAUAAUCCCAUCAGUCA